UAUUGUUUAGAGAGAGAGCGAGAGAGAGAGAGAGAGCGUGGCAGUCUUUGUGUUGUUCAAAGCAACGCAAUAUCGGCGCAAGAAGAAAGGUAUUCCAGAAUUCACAUGGAGGAAGAGAAGGCAAAGAGUGCAGAGCCACCAGAAAACAGACCAGUUCGAGUAUAUGCUGAUGGCAUCUACGAUCUCUUCCACUUUGGUCACGCCCGGUCUCUCGAGCAAGCCAAGAAGCUGUUUCCCAACACUUACCUGUUAGUUGGGUGCUGCAAUGAUGAAAUCACUCACAAGUAUAAGGGUAAAACUGUCAUGACUGACAAGGAGCGAUACGAGUCUCUUCGCCAUUGCAGGUGGGUCGAUGAAGUGAUCCCUGAUGCACCAUGGGUGCUUACACAAGAGUUCCUUGACAAACAUCAGAUUGACUAUGUGGCCCAUGACUCUCUUCCUUAUGCUGAUACAAGUGGGGCAGGAAAGGAUGUCUAUGAAUUUGUGAAGUCUAUUGGAAAAUUUAAGGAAACAAAACGAACUGAUGGGAUCUCAACAUCAGAUAUCAUAAUGAGGAUUGUCAAAGAUUACAACGAGUAUGUAAUGCGUAAUCUGGCACGUGGGUAUACAAGAAAGGAUUUGGGCGUUAGCUAUGUGAAGGAAAAGCGGCUCAGAGCGCACAUGGGACUUAAAAAGUUGGGUGAGAGAGUGAAAAAGCAGCAAGAGAAAGUGGGGGAAAAGAUACAAACAGUAGCAAAAACCGCUCGUGUGCAUCGAAAUGAAUGGGUGGAGAAUGCUGAUCGACUGGUUGCUGGAUUUCUUGAGAUGUUUGAAGAAGGUUGCCAUAAAAUGGGAACAGCCAUUAGAGAUAGAAUUCAGGAGCAACUAAGGAAGCCACAGUUGACAGGUUUAAUAUGCGACAAAGAUGAUGAGGAUGACGAUGAGUAUUACUAUGAUUACAGCACCGAAGAAGAAGAAGAAGAAGAAGAAGAAGAAGAGGAAGAAGAAUACUGCGAUGAGGACAAAUAAUAAGGUUUCUUUGUGAUUGAUAGUUUGAGUGCCACUAGUUUUGUGACAAAUUGGCAAUGCAUGGGUGUAAUUUACAACUAAAACUAAUACUUUUUGUUUUUUUGUCAAAACUGAAUCAAGGCUGCAUUUUUUUUUUCAAAACUGAAUAAGAGUAUGCUUUAGUUUGUCA